GCCAAAAUGAGUUAUGAAAAGAAGCAGAGGCAGAAACUGCUAAAGCAUCUGCGGGGUGAAGAUACGUGGAUGCUUGCUGAUGUGAACGAACGUGUGGAACAACUGGAAAAGGAACAUUCUGUAGAGAAAAAAAAGAAAAAGGAGAAGCAUUCAAAAAAAGCUAAGAAAGAAAAGAAGAAAAAUAAGAAACAAAAAGCUGAAAGGAAGGAUGACUUACUGGAUAGUUCCUCGGAUUCUUCAGUUGAAUGGGUUGAGUCAAAUGUGUCACAGUCGGACAACACAGAGAAAGCUUGGAAGGUCAACAAGCAAUCAGAUGAUGUGAAAGAACCCUCCCUGCAGAGAGAAGAAUGGAUGAAUUUAGACUUCGUGUCAUUGAAAACCACAUCAGCAGCAGCUGUCAAAGGUGAAAGACACAAAGAAAAAAUGUUGGAGCGCCAGAAAGCUCAAGAACUUGAGCAGGCCAUGCUGUCUGAGAGAGAACUCAAUCCCUAUUGGAAAGAUGGUGGUACAGGUUUGCCACCAGAGAAGGAUGAAACAGUUUCAGUUAAGAAAGUUACAGUGGUAGAAGAUGCUGGAUUAAGUUGGCUGCAAAAAUCAUACCAAAGGAUGAAGGAGCAGGCUGAGCGAGAGAAACGAAAUUUUGAGGAAAUUGUAGCUGAGAGGUAUGGGUCAAUGGAAGCAUUUCAGUCACGAUUGGAAGAGGCUGAAAAAGUUGCAUCCAGAAAGGAAAAUUUUUACAGAAGUGGAAGAUGGAAGAAAACUGACUAUUCAGGAAGUGAGAAAGAAAAGAAAGAACAGCGUAUAAAAAAGGAGACACGAGGUGAAGGUGAUAGAAACAGGAAUGUGUUUGGGGGCUAUACUAGGGAGAAGUAUAGCAAGGGAUGGGCGCAAGAAGACAAAGGUUGCAAAAGAGAUGUGUCAAGAGAAGACCAAGAACGUGGACACAGUAGCAUGGACUCAGUAUUGAGAGGCUACAGCUCCACAUCAGAAAACCACUCUGAUGAAAAAAGAAGUCAGGAAAAGAGUUCAUCUCUAAGCAACAUCAAACACAAAUUUCUGAAACCCUCUGAAGAUGAUUUAUCAUCUUACCAUGUACCUAGAGACUACCAGUCACAUCAGUCCUCUUCCAAGCUACAAGCUCAUAGCUCUUUGAGCAGUCGUUUCCAAAAACCUAGUGAGAAUACUGCACUGUGGAAUGAAACGCACAGAGAAGAUAAUAUUGAGAAAUCAAUGUCUGAUCAAAAAUCAAGUACUAGGGAACAAAUUGAUGACAAUCAUUGGGAAAGAAGUCAUGAAAAACAGAAGUCACAACAGGAGUAUCCAAAUGAUAUCCCUGAGAAGAGACAAACGUUAUCUGACAGUAAAACGUCAUGUUCUAGAUACACAUCGAAGGAUGAGCCACCUCGGGUCCUUAGUGAAGAGGAGAUGAACAAGCUGGGAGCGAGGAUUGUGAAAGCAGAACUCAUGGGAGACAUGGAGUUAGCUUCAAAACUUCAGGAAGAACUUGAGAACGCUCGCAAAUUAAGAGAGACUCAGGGACAGAUUCCAGCAAAGUCUGGCAGAGAG